AGCCAAGCAAUAAUCAAUAGGGGAAACACGGUUGAGUCAGAGAAAUCAGAUGGGUGCUACACAUUGGUAAUGGAUGAGGAGAGUUUCUGUUUCCACCCAUGUACACGUGACAAUCCCGGAUGUCAACAAACGAUAUCAACAACAGGGAAGUGUCAACGCUUCGUUGUUACAGAUUUUCCAAUGGAUUAACCGACAUUUGAUAAUUAAUUCAUGUUACACUCGUGUACAUUCUGAAAGGAACUAUGAGUGAGUUCUGUUGAUUCUACGCUAGUUUAGCAUUUGACGAAGACUUUCAACAUGAGGUCCGAUUCUCCUCUCUCCAGCGUCAACGUAGUGCUUGUUAUGGCCUACGGAAGUCUGGUGUUUGUGCUGCUGUUCAUCUUUGUGAAGAGGCAGAUAAUGCGCUUUGCCAUGAAGUCUCGUAGAGGACCACAUGUACCCCUGGGCCACAACGCUCCAAAGGAGCUGAGACAGGAUAUAGACUCUGGUCUGUCCAAGGUUCAGGAGAUCCGCUUUGAGCCACGCCUGCUGUCUGAACAGGACGACAGACUACAGAGUGGCGGUUGCUAUGACUACCUGUACAGAAUGAGGGCACUAGAUGCCAUACGAGACUCUGAUAUUCCGUUCAGUGAGUUGGGAGGGACUCCCACAGCUGUGACAGGGAGGAGAUUCCGCGCCUGGCUUCUAGAUCUGAGGAGUUCCCAUUCCCUGUUCUGCAGCAGCCGUAGUUCCCUCAUAGACACACUGCUGGAGGGCUACCACAACGCUCGCCACGGCACCGGGGUGUUUGGAGAAGCAGAGUUUGUCAAAUACAAGGAAGCCCUGAGCGAACUGUCCUCUGUUUAUUCUUCUCUCCCCAGUGUGAAGAGCCACUCCAGUUCCACCAGUCUGGACCAGCAUCACCAGUUAGCAGCUAAAGACUUGACCAGUACCCCAGAGCCCACCCCCCCCUCUCCCCCCUCCCAGGUCACAUACCUGCCGUCAGCUGGGCAACGCACCAAACGACCAAAACACUUCCUGGAACUCAAGAACUUUAAAGACAAGUACAACACCUUGGAAAGCACAUUCUGAGAACUACAAUCUCCUAUGGCAUAACACGAGAAACUACAAUUCCCUACAGCAUACCUUGAGAAACGACAACUUGCUGCCUCUGACAACUGCAACUCCCUAGAAAACAACCUGAAAACUACAACAACUCCUCUGCUACCACUUUAAAUCUGUUUUGUUGCGACUACUGGACUCACUUUCCUUCUCUAUUUACAAAGUAGAUGGCCUAGUGAGAAAAAAAUCUGUCGUUCUGCCCCUGAACAGGCAGUUAACCCACUGGUCCUAGACCGUCAUUGUAAAUAAUAAUUUGUUCUUAACUGACUUGCCUGGUUAAAUAAAAAUAAAUGAAGGUAGUGAUAAGUAGAGCUCCUGGAGGUGACAUACUGGGGUCUGUGGUAAAAGAAGAGGUUGGUGAUUUAGUUUAGUGAGAGGCUUGUUAGUGCCAGCAGAGAGAGAAGAGACUUGGUAGGGUUGGUACUUGGUACAGUUGGGAAGACUGGAGCACAGCAGUAUAGGAAUGACAGUAACAUUACGCUGCCUUACUAGUCCUGAGGAAAAACACUGCCUACUAUCUAUCAUGCAUCUCACAUAAUAAAUAGGGCACUAGAUUUAAGCUGACCUUAAACAUCGUUGUGAACUUUUGCACAGACUUUGCAGGUAGAUCAUCAUGUAGAGCCAUGCAAAAGAGACAUGCAGUGUCUAUGCAGAAUGCAUUAAUGCAGUGUUUCCCAAACUUGGUCCUGGGGACCCGAAGUGGUGCACGUUUUGGAUUUUGCCCGAGCACUACACAACUGACUCAAAUAAGCAACUAAUCAUCAAGCUUUGAUUAUUUGAAUGAGCUGUGUCGUCCUAGAGCAGAACCUGAAAUGUACAUCUCUUGGGGUCCCCAGGACUGAGUUUGGGAAACGCUGCGUUAAUGCACAGUGUUAGAGUAAGACUUGUUUAUAAUGUGUUCAGUGCUAACUAAGCUAUUGAUGGACUAACGUUAUAGCAGACCAGCGUUCCUCACAAUGGCCCUGGAGAGCUACAGUACAGGCUGUGCAGGCUUUUGUUCCCGCCUAGCACUAACACACCUCCAAUCAAGCUGAUUAGUAGAAUCCGGUUAGUUACUGUUGAGCUGGAACAGGACAGAAGAACUAUGGAUUAUUCCAGUAUUACUGCUAGACAUUUCCAGUAUUAUUGUCCUGUUGCCAGCACUUGUUUAGGGCAGAGCCAUGUAUUUACAUAUAAAUUGCUCUGGUUUAGGGCUAGUGUUACACAGUCUGACGGUUGUCUAUUUGCUGCAUAAAAGUGAUUAUACUUUUUAUAUUGUACAAUGUUUUUUUUUGCUGAAAUAUUUUUUUGUAUUCCAUUUUUAAAGAUAAUUAUUUAGAAUAAAGCAUUCAUGUUAUUAAGUG